GAGCUAAUAUGGCAAAAACCAAUAACUAUUUAAACGCGCUUAGCUGAAAAUUUUAUUUUUGACUGACUGCCAAAUUAUUGCUGACAUGGGUAAUUUGUUGGCUAAAAAGAUGACUCGCUUUAUUGUGCGCCGCAGUAAAGGACGUUGUUAAAAUAAUUUGACUGUAAUAACCGACUUCAAAUAUUCAACAAUUAAUACGGAACCAUUUUGGAAUCUAAUGGUGAACAGUUGACAAAAAGUGUGCGCUUAAAAGUGGAAUAAUAAACGCAAUAUUAUUACAAAUCCGGAUUAAAAUUUAUCAGGCACAAAAUGUAUGAUCACAGCGCGGAUUAGGUGAAUAUACCUACCAGUUCCCGAUCGAUCGUGAAUUGAAGAAGGUAGAAGGUUCAAUCAAGUUUCCCCUCAGAUAAACAGUGUGUCACUUACGGACAGCGGUGAACGUUGCUGGAUUUAUCACAUCUGGAUUUUAAACUACAGCUUGCGUUGCUUUUCCCCAAUAUCGAACGUGGAUAGGAUAGAUCUAGGUUACAAUUGUUGUGAGAAUUGAUAGCUGCCUUUCAGUCGCAUAGAAAAGGCAAGUUCAACACGUUUCAUCUGCCAGGUGAUCGAUAUCUGAUCAAACGUUUGAAGUACUGAAAGCCACAUUUUACACAGCUCGGCAAUGAGCGCGCUUUAUUUGAUUUGUUUAUUUGAAUUAUUAUAAGAACAGUCGCGCAAAUUGCAUAACAAUACGAACAAUACAAUACUGAAUUAAAUGUUCAAUUAUUUCUUGGAUUGAUUCUCAAGUCAGUGAUCGAUAUUGAAAUCAUCGACACCUGUCGUCUGAUAAAUAUUUCGAGUUUAGUUUCGAAUUGAUAAUUAAUAUAUCCUUAACGCGUGUUUUAUUAAAACAUUACUAAUAAUCAUAGCAUGUCGUUAAUUAUGUUAGUUAAAGUAGUAAAAUGUGAAAAAACAAAAUAUAUGCGUUGAGAUAGUUGGAAAAUACCUUAUUUGAAACUAAUCAUGGGUGAUACCCCUGUAUCGCCAAAUCCUACGAAUCAACGUAAACUUCCCAUUCCAACGUCUGCUGCCAAUACAAACUCACCUUUGAAAGACUUCUUGAUUAAGCCCAAACGAAUCCUACCGCCGAAACCUGAUAACCAAAAAGUAAAAAGAACCGUUCAAGAGAACACAUCAGAAUGUAAAGCGGAGGAAACGGUACCGACGUUGCCAAAGUCAGUUUUAAAUACAAAUCUACGGACAGAAGCGUCCAGUGGGGGGUCAAGCGCGUGCUCCACGCCGCGUGUCAGCGUUCCUAAACUGGCCAUAAACGUUGACCGAUUGAAAACCUAUUUUCAACUCCAGGGAAACGCCGUCGUCCGAAAAGAAAAACGUAAAACGGAUUUGAAUGAGAACGACAUUAAAUAUACAAAAUCAGAAAGCGGAACUGAUAAACAGCCAAGCCAGUGCAGCACGCCAGACGAAAUCGUGGGCGUAGUUCCUCCUCUGGUCUCGACAGAUACACCUUUACCGCUCGUCACGACGGCCUCAGACGGGUUAUUGAAGCUGAAAGAAUGGUGCCCCGUGAGAGAGGUAGAUAAGAUACCCCCGGAGAUGACGUCAGAUCCGUCCAUGGCAAAAACUCUUCAGCGAAACAUCCGUUCUCCGUCGCCAAAAAGCAAUACCACGUGGGACAGGAGUAGUUCCGGUUAUAGCAGCGACGAGCGGCAGGACCCGCGCUCCCCGCCGCCAUCCCACAGCGCUAGCUUGAGCGUAAGCAGCAAGACGGAAACGGAACUGACGAAUGAAGACGACGCGUCGAUCAGCCACACCGAUGACAUCGGCGAAGAUGAAAAAUCGGAGGAUGAGAAUAGCGAGAACGACCAAACCGAUGAGUUAGAUACGCUUAAGUCCACGGAUGACUUGACGUCUUUAAAGCCGAGUAACAUUAGAAGUAUCAGCGCUGAUGAUUUGUUAUCUUCAGAUAAUGACUGUAAUGCAUUGACAUUAACGCCCAUCCCUGCGAGUGCGGUACCCGAUACAGAAGCCGCGUCGACCUCGUGUGAACAUUGUGAUAUUGCUAAUACCUGUUGUUUGGACAACAGUGACACGGCGAGUUCGUGUGUGAACUUUACGCUAGAAAGUCUGGUGACAACGAAAAAACGACCAGUGGGUACGGCGUUGCCGAACCCUCCCGUAAACGUAAACGGAAAUCGCAUUCAGUACCGGAAGUCCGUGAGCGAAUCUGUGAUAAACCUACGUCAAACGAGUAGAAAUGGUGCUUCAGACAGUAAUCUUGACGGUCUAGCGGUGUGUGGUAAAUCGUUCCCGCAGACGUCCGUUUCAAACUUUCCCUCGUUAAAAUUUAGCGAAGCGAGCGGAGUUGACGUACUAAGAUCUGAAACCGGAUCCGGAAACAAAUUGGAAUCCAUUUCCACGUAUUCCGCCUUCACGCCGAUUGAUCGACCGUUGCUAUCUGCUGAAAACUGCGUCGACGCUCCCGACUGUUUGCAGAAGACCCGAUUGAUGCGGCCGCCCCCGGCGCUCGUCACAUGCCGGAGCCCGCGUGAUCAUCGUGAUAUUAGAGGCCCUAACCUCGGAAUUAACUUUGCAGUGAGAGUCCCGAUGAAAGACGAGUUCCGGAGAACUCUUCAUCAUCUCAGCGUUCCUCGACACCUUUCCCCCGCUCUCAAACCAGUGCCAAUCAGAGCGCGUCAUCCGAUGUGCGUGACAGCGACGAAUUUAAACCAGCAAAUGAGUGCCAUGGACACUAUUCAAAAUCAGCCAAUUUCGACGAGUUUGUCAAGGACUUCCGCUAACGAAUCGGUUGGUCGAAAUUCAAAUUUCUCUGGAAAGAAAAUGUGGAGACCGCCCUCCGGUCAGCCGGACAAUGCGCAAGCGAGGCCGUUUUCGCCAUUUGGAGGAACGCUGCCGCCGGCGAAGAUAAAAGAACAGGAGGAUAAGAAGCAUCAUAUGAACGAUAAUCACUGUGACUAAAAUAUUCCGUAAAUUAUUGUUUUAAUAGGCCAUUUAUAUACAAUUCUAUUGCAUUUAACGUGGUCCGCGGAAUUCAGUGUUGCUGUGUGUUUUUGUGAUACCGGAAGUGCUUUUUGGAUUCGUUAAACGCGAUAUUUACGAAGUGAAUUUAAUUUCACUGAUUAUAUGUGCCAGUAAACUGACUUGUAUUCGCUAGGUAUGUUGGAGAUUGAUUAAAUUACGCUUUAAGUUUAAUUCACAUUUUUUCCGAGAUGAAAAACGUUCAAUGGUAUACUAAGUUUGUAGGCAUCUUUGCCGCGGCUUCACAAGAAUGAACGAUACGGUCGCUGAAAAUGUUCAUGUACUGAAUGCCACAAGAAACACACCAACAGUUGAGAUACGGUGCAGAGGACGACAAUAUGCGAAUGGAUUUUAAAACACUUGCACUGAUUUUCCAGUUGGAAAAAAGUCAUCUUACGCAAAAUAGUUAUUAAGCAUUUUCGUAUUGUAGUUGUUUGUUACUAGUAAGUGAAGAUCUAUGUGUUAAACUCUUAACUCAGCUUGACCAUUCUUAGCUGCACAUGUACAUUUUGCUUGUUUCCUUUUUCACAACUUGCAUCGAAAACAAAAUUAUAGUGUAUUCGCAUAAAUCUCGGUGUAAAAUAUGAUUCUGUACAUCCUUCCAUAGUAGCCCGGUUUUUUUAGGAAAAAAAACAGAAUAAAAAUAUUUUUACAAGUAACGGCGUUUUAUUAUGCCCGCAUUAGUAAAGCACUUUGUCAUCCGUUCGUUCCAGAAAGUAAAUUUAUCAUUUAAUACACAAUGAUUCAAGCUUUGUUAAAGCUGGCUCAAGCCCUAAGCUCUAAGGUAAAGAUCACACUUAAAAUUAUAAUUUAGUUUUGUAAACUAAACACUUGUAUAUUAUUUUUUAUUUUGCCUUGACAAAUGUGUAUGCACAUUUAUUUAAGAGGAUAACCCCUUUACAGAUCCAUCGCUAUUAUUUUCUGUAUCGUCUCACUAAUACCCCAUAGUAUUGUUACUUUAAAUAUGUAUAAUUCCUUAGAUGUUAAGUCUAGUAAGUCAAAACUAUUUUAAGUUGACCUUUUUUGCUGUUAAUCUUAUUGCAUCCUCUUUAGCGACUUCCCUUAACCCAUUUAUGCCUAGAAAAAAGGCCUUGGCAAACGCUGUUUGCUUAAAUGAAUUAUGUAAGAAAUAUUCAAAAUAUAGAAAUAAAUAUACUAGACAUCCCUAAUUUUUGGAAAUAAAUUGAUCCAAUUUAGAAGGAUGGGACAGUCCACUAGGCAUAAAUGGGCUAACAUAAAAUCGUAUCUGCUUCCACGAGUCAUUUUACAUCCAUAUGAAACAUAACUGAGAUGUUGAGGCUUAUUUAUAAGGAAAUAAAUACAUUAUAACACCAUACGUUCGCAAGGUUGAAAUUAAAAUAGUAUUUGUUUUCCAUUUUGUACAAGUUUUGUGGGCUUGGAAAGUCACGGUUCUUCUCAUUCUGUUAAAAUGGCAGUCCAAACCCGAAAGCUUUAUGUUAAAAAAUAUCAUUGAUAUGGCGUCAUACUAACAUUCGUUGAAUAAAUCUUUACGUAGCAUUGAUUAUAGGUGCCUUUGUCCAGAAAACCAAACAAUAGUUUUGAUGUUUUAGUUUUAAUUUAAAUGUCCGUCCUCUGUUAUAUGUGCUUAAAUUAUACGUGUUAUACAAUUUAUCUUACAAUAUAAUGUACAUGAAAAGUUAUGUUCUACGAAUAUGCACAAUGUAUAUUCAUAAAAAUGUGAUAUCGAAAUCAGUGAUAUUUUCUUUCUUUUUUGUUAUGUUUUAUUGUUAACAGCUUUGUACAUAGCAAAUGUUAUUUAUUCCUUAGUUGUGUGUCCUUUGAAAAAUGUUUAUAUUUUUAACAAAGUCGUUUCGUUGUUAAAACAUGGUAUAUUGAAUGGCGUUUUAUAUUUUAUUAUGAAACUAUGUACUUUGUGUGCCAAAAUUGACCUGAACAAGAAAACAAGUCUCUAGACACUCACGGCUAUUCCAAAACGCGCCACCCCAAAUCCGUGCAUAGGUUUCCGUACAAGCGGUAUUCACUGCCGUCGCAAGUACAUGUAUUAUCAUUCCAGAUACACAUAUGCGAUUUUUUAUGUGCAUACUAUCAACUUAUACAAAAGGUUUAUAAGUCGUUUAGUGUUAAAAUAAAGAGAGACAAUUAAAAAUUAAAUCAAAUCAUAUGAAUAAUAAAAAUAAACAUUUAAAGGGGCCUUUUCACAGAUUUUGGGAUGUUUUAAAGUUUGUCUUAAAAUGCUUUAUAUUGAUAAAUGUAAACAUUACAUUUUAAAAGCUCCAGUAAAACAUCAAAAAUAAUAUUUGAAAAAGGAAAAAAAGGAGCCCGCAGCAUGGCUCGAACCAGUGACCCCCAGAAUCUAAAAAAGGAAAAAAAAGGAGCCCGCAGCAUGGCUCGAACCAAUGACCCCCAGAAUCCUGAAGUAAAAACGCAUUAGCCAACUGAGCUAUUAUGCCAAGCUUACAUAAAAAGCGUAUUUAAUACCUUAUAUAAGCAAUUUUCGUAGUUUCACAAAAUUUAAAAGACAACAACACUAAUCUCCAAAUUAUUCAAUCGUUUCGCGUUGCAACGCUUUAUAAUUUUUAAAUCGUCAAAAGAUACAUAUUAUGGCUAUAUUAGACCAUGACAAAUGUUCAGUAAUACUGUUUCCUCAAAAAUAUCAUAACUUAAUCGAAAAUUUGUGAAUCUGAAACAACUUUAUUCAAUUUUGUCAAUUUACCACACCGUGAAAAGAUCCCUUUAAUCUAUCAUCAUCACGUGGUUUUGCGAUGCUGGAGGGAUUUAAAGAGAAUUGCUCAGGGCCAGUCAAAUCAGUGUUCGGUGGCGCAACUUUAAAAAGCUAAAACGUUUUAAUAUGCAUACACGUACACUUUUGGGAGUAAUUCAGUUCUGCGCAUUCGACAAUGCGCUUCUUUUUUCACGCGCAAGUAAGUUGAAUAAAGAAUAAGAAUUAUAAGGUUGCAGUGAAUUUCAAGUUGUUAGUCAAACAACAUGGUCAUUUAGGUAUUAUUUAAAAUUUCCUUAGUCGGGCAACUUUCACUGGCAACUGCUUUAAACAAAAAGAAGCCAGUCGAUAAAAAUGAGUGUCCGAUGUAAAUAAUUCAAAACUCGAUAUUCUUCUUGGUUAUUUGUUUCCAUUUUGAGACAGAUGCGCGGCUAAUAGAGUCGAUUAUAAUAGUGUAAAAUAAAUUUAUCAUACAAAAAUCUGCAACGACAUUUCACUUUAUUCAAGCAAUCAUUGUUUCUGUGUUUUUUGUUUUCUCAUUUAGCGUACGAAUUGUACAUACGAAAUAAAAUAUGUUGAAAAUAGCAAACAAUAGUCGUGUGCUACACGCAUAGUGACUUUUUAGCUAAUGAGUUGCUUGGUUUUUAUUAUAAACACGUUUCUCAGAUCGUUCAAUCUUAUAACAUGUUAUGUUAAAUUACGGAUUCUCAUUUGUUUAAAUGUUGUGUUUUUUUCCGUGCGAUAUAAACAUCUGCAACGACAUAUAGAUAAGUUUAACGUCAUUAAAGAACCCGUGCAGUGUCAUUUUUUAGCAAAGUGCCAUUUAAGGAUGGAGAUUUAUUUUUCCAUAUUAUGACGAAAAACGCUGCUUGCUCAUUUUGUUUUUCCAUACGGGUUGAACCUAUGUAGCACCAUGCUGUAUAUGUUCACAUAGUGUCAUGCUCAUAUGCUUUUCAAAGAGUGCCUUAUUAACCCAUUUAUGCCUAGCGUCUAGAAAAAGGCCUUGGCAAACAGCGUUGACACAGAUGAGACGCCGCAUGAAGCGGCGUCUCAUCUGGGUCUGCGCUGUUUGCUUGAAGGAAUUUCUGUAAGAAAUACUCUAAAUAUAGAAAUAAAUAUAUUAGACAUCUCUAAUUUUGGAAAUAAAUUGAUCCUAUUUAGAAGGAUGGGAGAGUCCACUAGGCAUAAAUGGGUUAAAUAUACAACAUACCGGUACGCUUGUAAAACUCUUCGCACUGCUGUGUAGUAGAAUGCUUUUACCAUUCAUAUCAUAACUACCGUUACAUCGCAAAAACGAUUACUUAGCUCAUUAAUUUUAUUGUUUAUUCUUAAAGUAACAAAAUAUUAAUUUUGUUUUAAGUAUAUAAAUCCAAGAAAAUCAUUUUUUAAAUAAACACAAAGCAACCAGCUUUUUCUGUUGUAUGUAUUACUGCACGGACAGACAUUUCGACUUUUUUUAAUACACUCAAUCUCAAUGUGUUUGUUGUUGUUUUUUUAUUGUUACAGAGACUGAGGAUUGUGAUAGAACAUGUGGGUUAUUUAAUCAUGACUAAUAAAUAGUUUACAUCCA